AUGUCAGGCUGGACAUAUCCGAUUAAGAGGGUCAAGAGAAAUAUUUACAACUUCGGCUGUCUGUCAAGGCAGCAAGGAAGAGCAAUGAAGAAUUCGCUUCUUGGUGAGGAAGACCAUGGCAUCAGGUCCCACGGGAGAAGAUACGGCAGCCACGUCAGAUUCGCCUUCUCGGGCUCAAAGGUCCCCGCAGACAGUGGCCGCAGUCCCGACAUUAAAAGGGCUUUCUCGCUGGAAGAAGGGCUCCAGCAAAUCCGGACUGCAGAUACACAGCGGAGGUUGUGCUUUGUCCCGCAGGACGUUCUCCUGAGAUUUGGAGUGGGAGGAAAGCUGAGCCCCGCGGAAUACCGGAGAGGACCUCGGGAGCCCCUGCGCAGCAAGGAGUGUGAUGGCUGGGUCAGCUUGGAGUCUCGGCCGGAGAGUGGAGGCCAUACGGUUGGCUCAUCUCCAAGGGCAUCAUUUUGCUCUGUCCCCCAACAAGGAUGGGAGGAGGGCCCUACGGUGGGCAUAUUUCCUGGCCCGGGGCUAAGUGACCAGCUGGGGUCAGCCGGCUGGGGUCUGAGGUCACAUUUGUACUCAGCCCUUCCUCCAGGCAGGAUCUGCGCCACAGGUCCGCCAAGGGCGGGCUGUCCAGUACCAGCUCAAAGGGGACUCCUGCCCCGCCCCCCGCCCCUCCCCCCGGGCGCGGAGUGGUGCUCCCACAAUCCAGGCCUAUUGGGGACACACACCAUCGGGAGCAAGAGGCCUGAGCACCUGUCUCCGGAAGUUGGCCAAGCGCAUGCUCGGCCCCAGCCGCUCUGGGGUUCAAAAUUGAUCCAGGAGUUUGGGACCGAUGUCCGUAGGGGCUGCGAGCAGAAAGUGCUGCCUGAGGUGAGCUUCGGAGGGACCAAAGGCUUCCCAGAGGUGGAGGCUGGGCUUUCGGAAGAAGACGGAGACUUGAGGGGAGAACAGUACAACUGCAGAUUCUCGGAAGAGGACCCCGGCCUGGCCCUGGAAAGGGCAGUGCUCAUCACUGGGGCCCGGGGCAGCUGCAGGAUCCGGAGAAAUCCUGGGCUGGGGGCCGGACCCGGCUGAGGGAGGGAGGGAGCCCACUUUAGACCGAUUGGAAUCAACUUGGCCUUGGGGGAGGGGGCGGUCCCUAUGGCCCCCGCCCCGCCCCGCCCCGCCCCUCCCAGCUCUUCGGUGCCGUUUCUUGGGCUUUGUUUCGGAGGCCAGCCCCUCUCUGUGUGCUGCCUGCCUCUCCACCAAUCGCGAGCCCGGAUGCCGGGGGAGGGAACUGCUCAUCCUGUCCCCCAAGCCUCGCCCCUUUACACGCGCUCUCGGAACCCCUGGGAUGACUGACAGCCGCUUGGCCCAAUCGGCUCGUGACGGAGGAAUCCUCCCGCGGGGGCUGGGGCUGGGAUCCGACUCGGAGAGGCCAAUCGCCCUGGGCCUGGGGGGUGGGGCCCGUUCGUCUUCCUUGGUGGCCCCCUAGCGGC